AUGCAUUUGUUCGGCUUCGGAGUUGUACUUUUUGUAACUGCAGCUGCUGCCAGUGAUUCCUUGGAUGUGUGCCUCAAGGAUCUGGGCUGUCUGCGGGGAACGCUCAUGCCAGGAUACCAAACCAAGGACUUCGAGGCCUUCAUGGGCAUUCCCUUUGCCCAGCCGCCAGUUGGUGCUCUUCGACUGAAGAAUCCUGUGCCAGCUGAUGCCUGGGAGGGAGUACUCGAUGCAGCAACUGCCAGAGAUGGCUGUUUGCAAAGGACAUACUUUUCAGAGGAAUGGGAUGUAAGGGGCGUGGAGGAUUGUCUCUACCUGAAUGUCUACAGGCCGAAGGAAAGGAAGGAAGAUCCCCUGCCGGUGAUGGUUUACAUCCACUCGGGCGGGUUCUUUAGCGGCACUGGUCAUCCCGUGGCCAGUGGACCGGAGUAUCUGAUGGACACAGGAGAAGUGAUCAUGGUAACUAUUAACUAUCGCCUGGGUCCUUUCGGUUUCCUGAGCACUGGCAAUGACAACAUGCCGGGUAAUUUCGGAUUCAAGGAUCAGCGAUUGGCCCUGCAGUGGGUGCAGCAGCAUAUAGAAGCCUGGGGGGAUCCCAACUCGGUAACUAUUUUUGGGCACAGUGCCGGUGGGAUAUCCGCGCAUCUGCACAUGAUAAGUCCCAAUUCAAAGGGUCUCUUUCAUCGAGCCAUGUCCUUGACUGGCACCAUGUUCAUUCCGGCUAUGAAGAUCCUUAAAGAUCCCUUGGAUCAAGCCAGGCAGCUGGCCCAAGUGGUGGGCAUCGAUCAAGCGGAGAGUCUCAGCAGUCAGGAUCUAGCCCAAGCUCUCCGCGACGCCUGUCCCGUAAAGCUGCUCAAAAGCAUCGACAGCUUGAAGAUCUGGGACAACCUGCCUCAUAUUAGCUGCUUGCCUGUCCUGGAGUCUGAAGGAUCUCCGGAUGCCUUUUUGGUAGAGGAUCCGCUAAAGGCACACCUCGCGGGGCACAUUAACCAGGUGCCUUGGUUGCUGGGAGUCAACUCCAGAGCCGGCGAGGGUUCACUGUUCCUGCUGCGGGCUUUCGAAGAUCCGAAACGUCGGGAAGACUUUAAUGAGAAAUUCCUGGAGCACCUGGCCUUGGUGCUCAAUCUGCCAGAUGGAACUGGGGUCGAGAUAGUCAAGGAUAUACUGGCUGCCUAUGACUUUCAGGCCGAGAUGAGUCUAAACAAUGACACCAUGCUGGCUCUGGCUGAGAUCUCUGGUGACUUUAACUUUUACUAUCCUUUCUACGAGACAGUUUCCUCUUAUGCAGGCUAUGCCAAUCUUGAGAAGAAUCCCAUGUCCUUGUAUAUCUUUGAAUUUCACGGUUUGCAUUCGGUGACGAAGCUUUUCAGUGGCUCCUCCGAGGAUUGGGGCGUUGGAGCAGCUCACAUGGAUGAUGGACUGCACACCAUACGAAUACCUAUACUCUUCGAGGAUUUCCCCAAGGACUCGGAAGAUGCUCUGGUAGCCAAGAGGAUAACAUCCCUAAUGGUGGACUUUGCUCAAACGGGGUUAUUUCAUAAGGAUUUAUCCUGUCAAGGGCCAGAUUUUGAGGAUCAAAAGAUGUGCAGCUAUUUGCACUUUUCCGACAUCAAUGGAAAAUUCCAGGAGGACAUUAAGAAUUCCCUGAAUCUUAAAGCCUUUUCCAUUUGGCAGAAGUUGUUCAUAUGCGCGCCCUCGAAAGCCGUCAGAUCGAAUUGGACCUUCGUAGCGGUAGGUUCUGCGAGAGGUUUCCCUAUUGGCCCAAAAAAGAGUGACAUCAGGAUCCAUUUAAAUAUAUAUCAAGAGCUUCUGAUAAUGAUGAUGAUGAUGAUGAUUCAACCUGUGCCUCUGCUGCUUCUGACGCUUCUCUCCGUUGGCCAUGAACCCCGCUCCACCGUCAUGGCCCUGGCCACGCUGGACAAGCUCAUCGUGUGCCCACCGAGCGUGGGUUGCAUGAAGGGCACCAACCUGAGGGGUUAUCAGUCGGAGCGGUUCGAGGCCUUCAUGGGCAUACCCUACGCCCUGCCUCCCAUCGGAGAUCUGCGCUUCAGCAAUCCCAAGGUUAUGCCCAAGCUGCUGGGCUUGUAUAAUGCCACCACACCCAAGAUGGACUGCAUCCAGAAGAACUAUCUACUGCCCACUCCGGUUAUUUACGGCGAGGAGGAUUGUCUUUACCUGAACGUCUACAGGCCAGAGGUCAGAAAGUCCCUACUGCCAGUGAUGGUUUACAUCCAUGGUGGCGGUUUCUUUGGCGGCUCGGCAGGUCCUGGAGCCACGGGACCAGAAUACUUCAUGGACACGGGCGAGGUGAUCCUGGUCACCAUGGCCUACAGACUGGGUCCUUUUGGAUUCCUGUCCACCCACGAUGCUGCCAUGCCGGGAAACUUUGGUUUGAAGGAUCAAAAUCUAGCACUGCGCUGGGUCCAGCGCAACAUUCGCUUCUUUGGCGGUGAUCCCCAGCAGGUCACAAUUUUCGGCCAAAGUGCCGGUGGUGUGGCCACGCACAUGCAUCUGCUGAGUCCCAGAUCCCGAGGACUCUUCCAGCGCGUGAUCAGCAUGAGCGGCACGGCAAAUGUGCCCUUUGCCAUUGCCGAGGAGCCCUUGGAGCAGACUCGUCGCCUGGCCGAGUUCGCUGCGGUACAGGAUGCCCGUAACCUAAGCACGGCCAAGUUAACCCGAGCCCUGCGUCGCAUCGAUGCCCGGAAACUCCUGGACGCCGGCGAUGGGCUAAAGUUUUGGGAUGUGGAUCAUAUGACCAACUUCCGGCCGGUGGUGGAGCAAGGUGGUGCCGCUUCCUCCGAGGCCUUUAUCAGCCAGCAUCCCAAGGAUAUCUUGGCUGCGGGAAAUCGUCCAUCGAUCCCAUUGCUCCUGGGCACCGUGCCAGGCGAGGGAGCAGUGCGUGUGGUGAACAUCCAGGGUAACGAGACUCUGCGCCAGAGCUUCAACGACCGCUUCGAUGAGCUUCUCCAGGAGCUAAUGGAGUUUCCGCCCGAGUUUAGCCAGGAGCGGCUUAACCAAAGCACAAAGCUCCUCGUGGCGGAGUACUUUCGGGAGCAGCACAAGGUGAAUGAGGAAACCGUUCAGGGAUUUAUGGAUCUCAUUACGGAUAGGGGUUUCAAGCAUCCUUUAUAUAACACCAUUCGCCAGGAUAUCUGCCACAAGAGGCAUCCUGUCUACAUGUACAGUUUCAAUUAUCGGGGUCCUCUGAGCUAUGCCUCUGCCUACACAUCUGCGAAUGUUACCGGCAAAUACGGCGUUGUCCACUGCGAUGAUCUCCUGUAUCUAUUCCGUAGUCCCUUGAUUUUUCCAGACUUUGAACGCAACUCUACCGAGGCAAAGGUCAUUCACACAUUUGUGGACUAUUUUGUACAGUUUGCCAAGACUGGAAAACCACGGAAUGCCGAGUCAUUGACACCGUGCACCACCGAGCUGUUGCAGUCACGUCCCAACGGCAUUUGCGAUUACCAGGAAUUCGCCAAUGCACCUGCCCCUUCGAAAGGCUUUAAGAUAAACGUGGCCAGCGAAUUCCAAACGGACAGAGUCAGGCUCUGGUCCAGUAUACUCAAUGAAGGGUAAGGUUACCUGAGGUUGAUGUACAUACGUACAUAUGUAUAUAUUUACAUAAUAGGUAUGUGUUUGCAACAAUAAUAAAGACCACAGCUAAUUUUGUCUAGAGGCA